UAGAAAUAUGGAAUUUAUGAAACUUACAAAUUUCUGUGUUGUGUGUUUCGUAAUGUUCCUUUCCGGUCUAUCUUAUACUUUGAUAACACCCAUAUUCCCUUUAGAGGUUCCUUCCAUCUUGGCUGGCCUCUUACAGGGACUUUAAGCAUUAUUUCAAGCUUUAGCGAGAGAGGUCACAGUCUCUCAAUCUGGGAUUGUUAUGGGAUCUGCAUUUGUUACGUCAUUUUUCUCCAUUCCCUGGUCCAGUUUUUUGGUUUCUCAGUUUGGAGUUAGAAUUGUAUUUAUUUUUGCAACAUUUGUCGCUGGGUUUGCAAAUACACUAUUUGGGUUUAUAUCAUACACAGAAAAUGCUACAUUAUAUUUCUGGGUAUCAUUAUUUCUAAGAAUGUUCUGUGCAGUUGGAGAAUCGUUAGUAGCCUCUACAGCCUUCACUUUUGGUUCAGAGCAGUUUACAAAAGAUCGCCAAGGAAUAGCAAUGUCAAUGGUGGAGACAAGCUUUGGUAUUGGUUUGGUGGUUGGACCUUCUCUGGGAGGUCUUUUUCAUAAUUACUGGGGGUUUUCCACUCCAUUCUGGACUCUAGGUGUUCUAACACUAGUUUUAGCUGGAUUUUCAGCAAGCAUCUUAAAACCCUCAAAACUACCCCCUUGCAAACAAACAGACAGGAAUAGAACUAAAUGGACAGACGUGUUAUAUUGUCCAAAUAUGUUGUUAAUUGUGGUGGUAUUUCUGAUAACAGGAAACUCUGCCGGCUUUUAUUCUGCUUCAUUGGAACCAUACCUGGCAGAAAAAUUUGACCUGACACCUGGUGGUGUUGGUCUGGUGUUAAUGGGCUUUUCUAUCACGUACACCAUUACAAAUCCCAUUGUAGGAGUUCUAUUGGACUCCGGCUUUGCUCCACUCAGAAUAGUUCUGAUGGGUAAGUGUGUUUUAAUAACUAAUAUGUCAUUAGUUUGACAUAUUUAACAUUUUUUUUCAGGAUCUAGAAAAAUCUUUAGGGUUCUGGACACAGAGAUUAGAAUAGAAGGGAAAUAAGACUAUCUCUCGGUAUCAAUUUGUUCAGUCCCUUUAAGUCUAAAAAGUGUAC